CUCUCGCAUUUCAUUUCCCUUUUUCUUUUCUUGCUGUCGCCGUCACCUCACCUCACCUUGCUGCUGCUGCUACCACACUACCAGCCAGAGCCAGAGCCAGUGCCAGUGCCCAACUCCUCGGCCUCCUCUCCCUGGAAUGGAGGCGUAGGAGGGCGUCCGAGCCAGACAGACGGAGAGCGGGAGCUAGGGUUCCGCCCGCGCAGCAUCCUCCUCCGGGUCCGAGACCUCCGGCGGGCGGCGGGCUAGGAGGCGGCUCCGAUGGGGAAGUCCCCGGCCAAGUGGCUCAAGUCCGUGCUCUUCGGGAAGAAGACCUCCAGGUCUGGCUCCGCCAAGGCCAAGGAUUUAUCGAAGGCCGGGAGCAACAGAGGGUAUGUUGCUGGUGGGAAGGAGCCCGGGUUCUCGGAGAGCUCCCCUGUGAUCUCCGAGCCGGUGCUCGUUACACCGCGCAACAAUGACGCCGUGCCGGAGGUGGGGAAGGGUGAGAAUUCCAGCUCGCAAGGCGAAGCGGCGGUGCAGCACGAGGUGAACCAUGAUUUGGAGAAGCAGAGCACUGCCGGGUCUGAUGUGCUGUCCAAUGACCCGGAGCGGCUGAAGGAAGAACAAGCAGCCGUUAAGGCCCAAGCCGCCUUCCGAGGCUACCUGGCACGUCGGGCUUUCCGUGCAUUGAAAGGAAUCAUACGACUUCAGGCGCUGAUUCGUGGCCAUCUUGUAAGGAGGCAAGCUGCUUCAACUCUCCGUGCUACAUGGUUGAUUGUGAAGUUCCAAGCUAUUGUUCGUGGUAGAAAUGUCAGACUCUCUAGUGAUGCAAUUCAAUUCAGUUGGAAGCUUGCCGAGCAGAAGUCUGUGGGUGCUAAACCAGAUGCAUGGAGGGAGAGGUUAGCUUCAAAUGCAUUUGCCCGUAAGCUUCUGGCUUCACCGAUUCUGGUAGAGGCUCUUCACUUUCAGUAUGACGAGAGGGAUCCUAAUUCAGCCUUCAACUGGUUAGAGAGAUGGACCAUAAGCCGUGUCUGGAAACCUGUUUACCAAACAAAGAGGAAUGCUAUUGCUGAUGCCAAACCGCAGACAAAGAGGGCCAGUUACGCUAUGGAAACAGAGUCAGGGAAAUUGAAACGCAAUGCUCGGAAGAGUUCUGCAAUGUCAGUUGAGCCCACUCCUCCGACAAACAUGCCGUUGGAAACUGAAAAAACAAGAAGGAACCCAAGGAAAUUCACUAGCACUCCUGCUGAUUCAGUGCCUGAUAGCCAAUUAACUGAACUUGAGAAGGUUAAGCGCAGCCUUCGGAAGGUAACUAAUUCCAUGGCCGAAGCCUCAAAGGUAUCUAGCCCUGCAACUGAUACCCCUGACCACCCAGAGAUCCAAUGUGAGAAACCACAACGUACUGCACAGGAAGUCCCAGUUUAUCCUGAGAUUCAAGAACCUCACCAUGAUGAUCUGUUGGAAAAUGCGAAGGUGGAUAUCUUUGUACCUGAUCUCAAACCUGAAGUGGAAGUUACUCCAUAUGCAGUCACAAGUGAAGAAAAACUUGAUGAGCCGACCGUUGUUGCUACAGCAGCUGAAGUUAUGCCCCUGCAAGACAUUGACAAUGAAGAAAAUGCUUUGGUGAAUGAUGCGGAGCAGAGAUCCAGAGAAGAACCUCUCUCCGCCGAAAGCCUUAAAGGUGGUAACAGGAGGUCUUCGUUCUCAACGAAGCCAGAAUAUCCAGAGAACGGCUCCAAAAACUCUCCAGCUGUGCCCAGCUACAUGGCUGCAACAAAAUCUGCAAAGGCGAAGCUGCGGGGACAGAUAUCACCUAGACUUAGCGCUGAUUCAGCAGAAAAAACUGUCUACACACGCCGCCAUUCCCUUCCUUCCCCUGCCAAUGGUAAGCAGAACUCGCACUCGCCGCGUACACAAAGGCCAAUCCAUCCUGGUACCAAAGAGGGAGCGAAAGUCGACAAGUCUAUGCUGUCAUCAAGAGACGCAGCCGAGAGACCGAUGAAAGCCGAAUGGAGACGGUGAAGACGCGGAUCCUCUGUUCCAUUUGAGUAGCGUGGCGACGGACGUUUGGGUGGACGGCAGCUUGCUCCUCUGAUUGUUUUGCUUCUGAUGUAAAAAAUGUUCUCUCUGGUCUGCUGCCGCGACAUCAAGGGGACCUGCUUAAUUUGUUGUGGUGUUGCCUACCUGGUGCCUGAGUUUGACUUAUUUUUAUAGGGUUUUGCGACGGUCGUGCCGCCUUUGGCUUGUGUCUUGUAUAGCUGAAGUUUGUUCCCCAGUUUGUUUUGGUUCGCCUUUGAGAUACCGUGCGUUGUUAAGUGAGAUCGAGAGACAGACAGAGAUGCUGAUGUUAGUGAGUACCGGUCGUGCUGCCUUUGGCUGUUUGGUUGGUUGGUUGGUUUA